AUGACAACCGCUCUCAUCACGUUCAUUCUCGCCAACAACGCCUACGCCGCGCCGAUCCUCCCCUAUCCACCUCUCAACGCCACCAGUUUGUCGAUAAACGUAUCUGAAGUAUGCAAUGACCUUCGGAAUUGCCGUACCAUGUGGAAUCUCGUUUACAGCUGUCUACUAACAAUAUUUAUCUGCGUAUGGACGGCGGUACACCCGGAUGUGGUGGAAGGGGAUGUGGAUGAUACGGAUCUGAUAGAGAAGAUUAUACUGGGACGUGGUCGUUUCGGCUUAAUGAGGAGUUCCCUGAUUUUCCCAGAAGUUGUUGUUGCUGCGGCAUGGGGUGAAUUCUCAGAAGCCUGGAAAUUAUCAAGGGAAUGUAAAAAUGUCGAAGGGUGGACACUUGUGCAUUCACACUUUGUCAGAAUGGGAGGUUUCUUUGACCCAACAACACGUUUCUUUCCUCAAUAUGAUCCCUCUUUCUUUGGCCAAUACCCUGGCGUCAUUCAGAAGACGGGGAAUCGUCAGGUUGUCGCGGUGACGAAGCAGGAAAUUCUUCGCAAAAGCAAAGGCGAUUUUUUAUCCAAGUCUGUUGUAUCACUUCAAUUACUGUGGUUCAUUGCUCAAUAUGUGGGGCGAUGGGUCGGACAUCUGCACAGAUCGCAGCUUGAGACAAUGACGCUUGGAUACUCCGCACUGAGCAUUAUCGUCUGCCUGUUGUGGUGGCAUAAACCCCCUGAUGUCCGUUCGCAAAUUCAAGUGACGAAAGAGGACCCUGCUCAUGUUCUGACUUCCGAGGCCAACGUCACUCAAGUGCCUCUUGAAGUAGAGAAUGAGGCAGAUUCGCCUUCACUUGCGGCCAGAGUCGUUGGCCGGGCUUGUGACGCAUUUGUUGAAUUGGAUUUCCGUUGGAUACUUGUAAUCACCGGCGCCAUUUUCGGUGGAAUUCACUGUUCCGCGUGGUCCUUCCCUUUUCCAACACACACGGAAUCACUUAUGUGGCGCAUUUGUGCGGUGUAUAUUACAGUAACUCCUGCUCUUGGCUUCGGUGGAUCAGAAAUAUUGAGGAACGCAAGGUUUCACCAUUUCUACGAAGACUUUGGUUGGGCCACUGGGAUGAUUUACGUCGUCGCCCGGAUUAUCCUCUUCGCUCUGACGUUCGCAUCCCUCCGCUCUCCGACCCCCGAUCUAUAUCGAACGCCGCCUUGGUCUUCCUUCAUUCCCCAUCUCGGAUAA